UCAGCCCCUUGGCGGACCUGCCCUUGGAGCGCCUCCCUCCGCCGCCCACGGCCGCCAGCUGGGCCGAGUUCCUCAACGCCUCGGGCAACGGCAAGAUGGAGAGCGACUUUGCCUUGCUCACGCUCUCCGACCACGAGCAGCGGGAGCUCUACGAGGCCGCCCGGGUCAUCCAGACGGCCUUCCGCAAGUACAAGGGCCGUCGGUUGAAGGAACAGCAGGAGCUGGCGGCGGCGGUCAUCCAGCGGUGCUACCGGAAGUACAAGCAGGUACAAGCGCCGACGGGGAUUUACGGUUGCGCAACCUUCCCAAACACACUUCCAAGUAGCCCCCCCCACCACGUCCCGUCCCUUCCCGCCCAAAACUAA